AUGAAGUUUUUCGUCCCCCUCACUCUCCUCGUCGCCGCCGGCGUCUCGGCCGACGGAACAGCGUCCUGCGACGCCGACUUCAUCGUCACCCAGUGCCUCUCCACCGAGCUGCCCAAGGCCCAGGCUUGCAAGACGACCGACUACGACUGCCUCUGCGCCGCCUACCAGUCCAUCGCCACCUGCUACAACAACUGCCCCAACGACCCUCGCGUCUCUACGGCCCAGGGCCAGGUGACUCAGUUCUGCAUGAACGCCUCCGUCUUCGGUGACAGGGCCGUUGCCGCCAAGACGGCCGCCGCCGCCGCUGCUGCGAAAUCCGACACCUCGUCCCCCGACACCACCGACAGCGAGGAAGCACCCGCCCAGACGUCCAGCAGCCGACGACCCGCCGCCUCCAAGUCCGCCGCCACCGGCACCACCUCGGCUCCCGCCGCCGUCAACACCAACGCCGCCGCUCUGGCCCGCUCCGGAAGCGCCGGCGGCGCCCUCGUCGUUGCCGGUGUCGUUGCCGCCCUCCUGUAG